UACACCCUCUCUUCUUAACUCAUCUGUCCAUUUCACAAAAACGUUGAUUUUUCUCUGUUUCUCUUAGUCUCUGAACUACACCUACGGGAAAGUACACAAAAAGGACAACAAAAACAGAGAUCAGAAAAGCUAAACAAAACAGAAUUUUCAAACAUACUUUUCUAUUUCUUCUCAUUUCAGUUUCAUGAUUUCCUUGUGUGUCUCUCCAUCUCCAUGUAAAUUUCAUCCUAUCAUUCUCUUCACAUCCUUUCUUUCCUCUGUAUUGCAUCAAUCAUACAGUAUUCCUCCAUUUUUGCUCUGUUUGAUUGAAGAAACCCCAUUACUUGAAAAACCUUUGAUAAUUACUUCAAGUUAAAGAAAAAAUCCAACAAAUCAAAAAAUUUGAAAUAUCUUUUAAACUAAUUUUAUAUUAUUAAUAUCAAAUAUUAUCUUUUGCUGUCAAAUUCCCAACAACUUGCAAGUAUUUGUAAUUAAAAAACACUAGAUCUUGAUAUUUUUUACUGUUUUAAUAACAGAGACAGGAAUUAAUUGUUUAUUGCAAAAUCGUUUUUUUUUUUACUUGCAUUGUUUCCGGGCUUACUUAUAGUUGUUUUCUUUUAACGUUGUACAAAGAAGAAGAAGAAGGAAGUGGGAUCUUCUUCUCUAAUACAGAGAAUUUAAGACCUCUCUCUGUUUCUGAUAUUUCAGUUACAAAAUUUUAGCAAUGAGAACAGAAUCUUCUUCCGGUAAUACUAUGAAUUACAAGUCAUCUUGGCCAAAACAGGUUGUGAGGAAAUGGUUAAACAUUCAGAGUGGAGCUAAAGAGUUCCAUUCUGAUUAUGAAGUUUCAGAAAUGGGUGGAACAAAUUCAGUGGAAGAUCAUUAUGGUUUCUUAAGCGAAGAAUCACCAGAAAAAUGGCUGACUGAGACCGCCCCAGAGAGUUUGAAGCGUCCAAGGAUUGAAUCAGACUCACCACCACAUGUUUCAGACCCCCUGAAUCAAAGGAUGUUUGUGGGUACAUGGAAUGUUGGAGGAAAAUGUCCCCACGAAGGGUUGAAUUUAAAGGAUUGGCUACUUACUCCUGUCCCUGCAGACAUUUAUGUACUUGGGUUUCAGGAAAUUGUACCAUUGAAUGCAGGGAAUGUAUUAGGUGCAGAGGACGAUGCUCCCGCCUUGAAGUGGCUUUCACUUAUACGCCAAGCUCUGAAUAAUACUGAUAAGAAUACUGAAUUAGCCCAAAAUCCUCCAAGGCGCAAAGAAAAUAAGAAUUUCAAAUCUAGAAUUAGCUUCUCCGAUCUGAUAUCAUUAGAGGAUGAAUUGGAUAAGGAGGAUUUAGAAAGACAUUCAACUUCGAGUCCGAACUCAGACAUAGAGGAUGAGCCCUCUAAGUUUUUGGUAAGGCAUAAAUCUCCAAAGAAUACUAGUAGUCGUUACAGCUUAGCUGCAAGUAAGCAAAUGGUUGGCAUCUUCUUGUGUGUGUGGGUUCGAACUGAUCUUAACCAACAUGUUAGCAAUUUGAAAGUCUCGUGUGUUGGAAGAGGCAUUAUGGGGUAUCUUGGAAAUAAGGGUUCUGUAUCGAUCAGUAUGACAUUGAGUCAAACAACCUUUUGCUUUGUGUGCACCCAUUUAGCUUCUGGUGAGAAAGAAGGUGACGAGGUUCGGAGAAAUUUUGAUGUUAUUGAGAUAUUGAAGAAAACGAAGUUCUCUCAGUCCCAGAGAGUAUCUGGACAACCAUUCACACCUUCCCCUGUUAGCAUUCUAGAACAUGAUCAUACUAUUUGGCUUGGAGACUUGAAUUACCGACUCGCCUUUCCUGGUGGCGACACAGAUGAACUUCUGAAAAAUAAAGAUUGGGAAACCCUUCUCAAGAAAGACCAGCUCAUGAUAGAACAAAGAGCUGGCCGGGUGUUCAAAGGAUGGGAAGAAGGAAGCAUAAGUUUUGCCCCAACUUACAAAUACCUUGAUAAUUCUGACCAGUACGUUGCCCAAAACCAAACAUCCAAAUCAAAAGAGAAGAGGAGAACACCUGCCUGGUGUGACAGAAUACUGUGGACAGGCAAAGGAAUGAAGCAGAUGUGGUAUGUAAGAGGCGAGAACAAAUUUUCAGACCAUAGGCCUGUCUACUCCUUGUUCUCAAUACAACUCGACUCCCCAAUUGACAGAAACAAAGUACAGAAAUCAACCAGCUCCUCAUCCUCUGCAGUAACGACCACAAUAACGACUCCUACUUCUUUUUCUUUGAAAAGUACAACUUCUACUACAUCUACAAAGGGAAUGCAUUUGCCAACAGCAUCCGUUGCCAAAAUCCAAGCUGAAGAGCUGUUGGUACUACCUAAAAUGACAAAAGAUGCUUUCAGUUCAGGUUUCUGAACAUCCCAUGACUAAAAUCGGUACUCGAAAUAUGAUUCAGUUAUAACGGGAGGUAAAUUUGUAAAUAUAUGUUGUGCUGGAUAUGGGGUGGUGUCUCGUAAUUUUGGUUCUGCAUCACUCACUGGAUAAGUAUCUACAAAGAGUAUCUACUAGACCCCAAAGAGAUUGCGAUGAAAAACAAUGGGAGGCUUGCAGGUAUGAUGCUGCCAAGACUUGAGUGGAAAAGCAACUUUCAUGACCUAUUGGAGGGCACGAAGACAUCAAGCAUGCUUCAUGUGGUGUAUCUCUAUAGCUAAUUUUGAUGUCAAGAAUGGCUUUAGUUUUAAUAUUUUUUUUAUCAUAAUUUUGCUGCUAAAAGCCUAAAAGAAAAUGAAAGGCUUAGGAAAAGGGUUAAUGUAAAGAGUCUAAAAUCAAUAUAUCUAGGUAUAAAAGAUUAAUUACUAGUACUUUGCCAGGUU